GAGUCUUUCUAGUUUGUUUGGCACUCUUUGUGGCCAGCAAAAAGUGCGCUCCGUCAGUGUCUCGGCAAGAGUGGCUCUGGAUUCUUCUUGUGCUGCCUGGUACAGAGCAUUUGUGGCUUGGCAAUUGUAGAAAGUGGACGGGUUCGGUGCAGUUGGUGUGCGAUUGCAAUCGGUUGAACUAUUUGCGCCUCAGACUCACUAAUGUGCCAAUUUCCUAUGGAAUUACUGACUAACUGAGUGGAGUUACAGGUUCGCUUCUUCGUGCGUUUUAGUGCUCUAUUUUUUUGUGUUUGCCGAAGGAAGGCAUUGCAAUUAGUGCAGGCAAUCCGUAACUUUCCUCUUACCAUCAGCAGUGUGUGUGUUUGGAUACAUAAGGAAAAGUGACUAGAGCACCUGGAUUUGCAUCACAGAGUCAUUAGAAACGCAAUCAAUUGGAUAUACCUUAUUGCAAAAAAUUGAAAGCCGACAACACCAUGGCGGGAAGCGUGCGAUUGAGUGACAUACAGAGCGCCAAUCUCGACUUCGAGAGGAAGCAGCACCUGGCCAAUUGGCUCAUCAAGUCUAGUCCGCAUAUGCCAAAUCCCGUUGCCACCAUCACGAGUACCGGAAUCCCGCCCCAUCAUCACACAGCAGUCAAGUCGCCCAUCUACUUCUGGGGCCAACCCGGUCACAUGAGCCUCACCUCCUCCAAAUCUCCCAUCUUCACGUCGCAGACCAAUCUGCCGCUGCAGAUCAUCACCACGCAGGAAGGCCAGAAGCCGAAGCUGCGGAGGUUCAAUUCCCACGACACCAGUGCGAAUAUGUUCUCAGUGGCGGACUUUGAGAACGCGAGGCUGGCGUCGAAGCAGAGACAGAAUCCGCCGGCUGUCAAGAGCAACAGCCUCGGAGGUGAUGGCUCCACGGAGGACAGUGAGAAUUCAAAAUUUGGAAGUGAUUCCAGCAGAGAUGUGAUGCCAAUCGAGCGAUUCCUGCAUCGAAACUUCCUGCCAAAAGUAGCUCGUCUGAUAACGCGAGAGUCCAGCAACGAGGACCCGCAGGACAUCUAUGACAUGAAGAGCUCCCAGCAGAACCUCCCAAAGCUGCAGUCCCUGCAAGACCUCAGCCACCUCGACUCCUUGCUCAACGCGCGACCCCAGAAGGCAGGCGAGCUCAUGUUGAUAUACAAGCAAAUUCGCAACCGCAAAUUAUAUCAUGCGAUCAGCACAAAGAGCAUGGAUUGGAAGAAGGGAAUUAAAAUACCUCAAGAAUACCCUGGGUACUUUUCGCUGGUGAGUGAAAAGGGUGGCACAACGGCAUCGGUCUACACAACGAUCAUCCAAUUGGUGCGUGAACGAGUCUAUAAAUUUUUGUCUAUGGAGAAUAUGGUGGCGUACAGCGAAUCUCCGAAUCAAGCAGACAUUGCCAUUAAGAGUCAUUACGUGAAGACAACAGCUAAGGCCGGUCAGGUGUUUCGUUUGCUGGCGGUCUUCGAGGACGGUCGAAGUCAGCACCAGAACAAAUCAGGACCGUUGAGUGACUUCAGCAGCUCGAGCGACAGAGAGAAAGUGCGCGGCAGAUACGCGCAGUUGCUGUGCGAGAAUCGUCAGAUGCUGUAUGUGUCGCUGGCGACAAAGGGAAAGUUUUACGAGGUGGAAAUGAACAGUCAGAGUCAGAGAGCGAAGCAGCAGAAGAACGGCGCGGUCAAUCCGGAGUAUGUUCACAGAAUAAGUGACAUCGUGCAGAAUUCACCGCUCCCUCUCAAUGUGAGACUGAUCUCUGGCACUCUGCCCGGAAUACCAACAGAUUGCAUCACAAUCCACAAAAUCUCCAUGGAGGACGUCCUCAUUUCGUGUCCCAUCGACGAGCGGGAGAGCAGAUCAUCGCUGGUGCUGAGGACGAUCUCAAUUUUGCCGGACAUGAAGCUGCAAAAGUGCCUCCUGGGCUAUGACAAUGAGAAGAAGUUGCUGGCGUCGCCCAAUGUCCAGAACAUCCUCAAGUACUGCAAAUUCAACUAUGAAAGUCACACGCAGGCCAUCGAGGCGGAACAGAUUGCGGAGCAGCCGGAGAAGAAGGCGAAGAAGAUCAGGCUGCUGCGGCCGAUCAAUUUGACCAAGUUGCUGCACCGCGAGAAGAGCUAUGUGGCGCACGAGAAGGAGGACUCGAUCAUCUUUCUCACCAAGGCGGAGUUGCAGCGGAUGCAGACGCAGCAGAAGCAAGCGGCCAAGCCGCCAGAGCGGAGCCUCAGCAGCAAGAUGAAGGUGUUCGAGCCGAGCAAGAGGAAGUGGUUCGCCGAGAGAAAGAGUGCCACUAAGAACAAAACCAGUUCAUUCUCCAGCUUCGAUGUCAGCGUCGAGAACCGGCAGAGCAUCGAUCGCUACAGCGACAUGUCCAAGAUGAUUCAAGAGCGCUUCGGAAGCGAGUGUGAUAUCGCUUCCAGUCAUUUUGGGCGGGAAUCGAGGGCACUGUCAGACAUUGGCUAUGAUAUUAGAUGUUCGGCGCCUAGAAUUGACAAAUCCAUGUCGCUGGAAAACAUGAAGUUUCACAGCAGCGCCACAAUGUUGGCCACAACGGUGAUCUCCCCAACGCCAGAUCUCGUGAAAGUGGACAAGAGGACAAUUGCAGGCAGUGUAGAUCGCCUGUCGAAUCAGGAAGUGACUGUCACAGUCGGCAAACCUCAACAGUCCUUCAUUAGCAAGAAGCUCUACUCCGAGUUCCACGUGAAGACCAAGCAGAACAGCAAGUCCUCCUCGAACCUCAACCAACUGUGGCAUCAGCUGGGAUUGCCACAGAAGUCCUCCAAGUACAGCAAGUCCAAGGAGGCGCCGAAGAGCAACCUCAGGCUGGCUGAUGAGUACAGCAGCGUCCAGGACUCAAUUGUCUCACUGGACGACAACGCCUCGUCAAUCUACGACAGCAAGACUUGCAUGGAGAAUAUUUACGCGGAGAUCUGUGUUCAUCACGCGGCGCCUGAUCAGGGUGGAGGACACUCUCACACCGACACCACUAAUCUCUAAAACUCUCAACGCACAGAGCGCAAAUUUGCCUUUUCCAAAUUCAACCCUUUUUCUUCUCUUAAAGCUAUUUCGCAUUAAGCACACCAAAGUUAGAAACACGUUCCCAAUUUUUGUGAUAUUUUAUCAGAACAUUUUUACCUCUUUCCCCUCAAAACGUGCGAUUUCGACUAACAAAAGGCAAUUACUUUAUAUACAAGAUAAUCACUUCUGUGGAUGGUAUUUUUGAUAAAUAAUCCCAUGAUAAAUUCUAUG